GAGACGUAUGUGACUGAUAUAAAGGCAGAAGAUAUAGAGGGAGAAGAAGAGACGUAUGUGACUGAUAUAAAGGCAGAAGAUACAGAAGGAGAAGAAGAGACGUAUGUGACUGAUAUGAAGGCAGAAGAUAUAGAAGGAGAAGAAGAGACGUAUGUGACUGAUAUAAAGGCAGAAGAUAUAGAGGGAGAAGAAGAGACGUAUGUGACUGAUAUAAUGGCAGAAGAUAAUGAGGGAGAAGAAGAGACGUAUGUGACUGAUAUAAAGGCACAAGAUAUAGAGGGAGAAGAAGAGACUUAUGUGACUGAUAUAAAGGCAGAAGAUAUAGAGGGAGAAGAAGAGACGUAUGUGAGGGGUGAUCAGCAGUGUAAGGAGGAGGAAAUCCCUACAGAUAUCAGCACAGAUGGACACACAAGCAGGAAUAUCUCAGAAGGACAUCUAAUGUUAUCCCCGGAUUGUGACAUAAAAGAUAAUGACAGUAGACAGGAUUCUCCAGGAGAUAAUCCCAUUACCCCAAUUAUACAUCCAGCUCUAUCAGCUGGUCCCCCUGAUCCUGGGAAAUGUUCUCCUGAUCACUCUGAUAUUGGUGCAUCUGUUACAGCUCUGAGAGUAAAUACAGAGUUUCCGUGUUCUAUAGAUGCCAAAUAUGUUACACAGAACACAAAGAUUAUUACCCAUCAUCCAGCUAAGGCAGGUGAGAGGUCACUGAUAUGUUCUGAGUGUGGGAAAUGUUUUACAGACAAAUCAGGUCUUAUUACACAUCAGAGAAAUCACACAGGUGUGAAGCCAUUUUCAUGUUCUGAGUGUGGGAAAUGUUUUGCAUAUAAAUCAGGUCUUAUUACACAUCAGAGAAAUCAAACAGGUGUGAAGCCAUUUUCAUGUUCUGAGUGUGGGAAAUGUUUUGCAUAUAAAUCAGGUCUUAUUACACAUCAGAGAAAUCACACAGGUGUGAAGCCAUUUUCAUGUUCUGAGUGUGGGAAAUGUUUUGCAUUCAAAUCAGAUCUUCUUAGACAUCAGAGAAGUCACACAGGUGAGAAGCCAUUUUCUUGCUCUGAGUGCGGGAAAUGUUUUGCCCGGAAAUCACAACUUGUUACACAUCAGCGAAGUCACACAGGUGAGAAUCCAUUUUCAUGUUCUGAGUGUGGGAAAUGUUUUACAUGCAACUCAUAUCUUGUUAUACAUAAGAGAAGUCACACAGGUGAGAGGCCAUUUCCAUGUUCUGAGUGUGAGAAAGGUUUUGCACGGAAAUCACAUCUUCUUACACAUCAGAGAAGUCACACAGGUGAGAAUCCAUUUUCUUGCUCUGAGUGUGGUAAAUGUUUUGUAAGUAAUUCACAUCUUGUUAUACAUCAGAGAGGUCACACAGGUGAGAAGCCAUUUUCUUGCUCUGAGUGUGCGAAAUGUUUUGCACGGAAACCAGAUCUUACUACACAUCAGCGAACUCACACAGGUGAGAAGCCAUUUCCAUGUUCUGAGUGUGGGAAAUGUUUUGCACUCAAAUCAGAUCUUAUUAAACAUGAGAGAAGUCAUACAGGUGAGAAGCCAUUUUCUUGCUUUGAGUGUGGGAAAUGUUUUACACAGAAAUCACAACUUGUUAGACAUCAGCGAAGUCACACAGGUGAGAAACCAUUUCUAUGUUCUGAGUGUGGGAAAUGUUUUGCACACAAAUCAGUUCUUAUUAAACAUGAGAGAAGCCACACAAGUGAGAACUCAUUUCCAUGUUCUGAGUGUGGGAAAUGUUUUCCAUACAAAUCAUCUCUUGUUAUACAUGAGAAGUCACACAUGUGACUUCUCUCAUGUCAUGCUCUGAGUGGGGAAAAUGUAUUACACACAAAUCACAUCUUGUUACACAUCAGCGAAGUCACACAGGUGAGAAGCCAUUUCCAUGUUCUGAGUGUGGGAAAUGUUUUGCACACAAAUCACAUCUUGUUACACAUGAGAGAAGUUACACACGUGAGAGGCCAUUUCCAUACUCUGAGAAAUAAAUCAGCUCUUGUUGCACACAAUAGAUAUCACUCAGGUGAGAAACCAUUUUAAUCUUCUGGAGUAUACUUAUCA